GGUGAGUCGCAUGGUACGCACGAGGCACGUUGGAGCGCGGGACGACUUGUGUGAUCCUUACCACCUUAGCGACUGGUCAUCUUUCAUCAUUUCGGAACCCUGGGAAGUGCAGCAUAGGCAGAGCUCGUCUUGUUGGAAGAUGAUUAAAGUCAUCUGGAGCUUGGAAUGCAAGAGGCGGAGCCGAACACCAGUGACGGUGAAUUCUACGCUAUUCACCGCAACGCAUUGAGGUGCAAACUACAACGUUCUGCGAGCAGUUGCUGAGCAGGGAAAACACGGCCCUCAUACUACUUCGGGCUUCAGCUACCAGCUUCGCAGAUGUGUUCACGUCAAUCGACUUGUGACCGCUGCACCACAAGCCGCGUCAGGGAGGGCACGAGAGCAGAAUCACGAUCGCUGAUCGAUCUGUACGCAUACAGCAGCACUCGCACUCAAAUGGAAGGAUGCAACGAGCACAUGUGGUAUGCAUACGCCGCCAGGAAGACCCUACUCGGCAUUCAAUGGCACUACUGGGAAGGACGCGGUGGGAAGCAGUCGAGGGUCAUGUUUAUAGUCCAGCCACCAUCACAGCCAAAUGGACAGGAUGUGACCGGAUGGCGCGGUAGACCAGUACAGGUUGAGACAACACAUCUGCAAUGCUCCAGGUCGAUCUACGGCGGAGGCACGGUCAUACGAAUCUCGACUUCGGGAGUGGGACCACUAUGCCCAUCGACGAGGUGCCCUUGCACUCCCAUUCCCGCGAACGACCGCAUCUGAAGCAGCAACCCUGCAAUCCUCGUCGAGACCUCGGCUCUCUUGCCUGCAUCAUCUAUACCCAGGAUUAUUUCAGGCAUCGAUAGGAUUAUCUUUCCUUCUCGGCACAAGCGACUGGACACUUGCCGAGUGGUCGAAGCGCUUCUCGGUGUGUAAAUUCCACGAGCGCCUCCAGACUUAGCAAGCUCCUCGCGCACAUAUCGCCGAGGCCAAUGUCAUCGACGGGAAGGCAACAAUGUCAUGGUGUUGUGCGACACAGAGACUGCCAGCUUCGUUCAAAUUUACACCACCCAGGGCAGCACCAUUGCUACUUUUGCCACAAUACGUCGGCGCUCGCGAUGAAAUCGGUGCCCAUCAGGUUGCUCUUUGGAAAAAUCCCCUUUCCGGUGCGCCGAUAUGCGAACGGGAGUAGCGCAAAGCUGUCAAGUUGUCACAUCUCCUCUGAGCCACGAACGAGCGUCUACUGGUGUAUUUCGGUCGGUGGCUCAGCUUCACAAGAGCGCUUCGACGAUGGGAGGAAGGUCCGCCUUUGCGCUGCGCUUGACCGACGACAUCGACAGGACUUGCUCCAAGCAGCGCUAGCUGGUCCAACUGUAUCACCAACCGCAGACCGAAGACCGACUUGCCACAGCACGACAGGAUCAUAAGCGGGUGGAAUCAGCUCGGAAUGUAAGAGAUUCGGCCGGCAAGCCGGCCAAUCCCAGCAAGGCGCCCUCACUACGUCAACACGCACUAGUAUAACAAGUCUCUGAAAUUGCCUCCUUGCUGGGAUUUGCGGCCCAGACUGUAGGCUCGACCCGUACCAAGAGCGAUUUUGUAUUGUGACACCAUGCCGCGAACAUUUCAGCACUUGCUCAGCAUUCAAUGCCACCGACUUCGCUUCACUCUCGACUUUCAAGAUACUCGCCCCGGACGCGGCACGCGAGCUUUCCUACCAACGACGCCAUUGCCUCAUCGAUCUCGCGUAUCUCUAUCGCUUCAGGUGCAUGCUUGUCAAGGAUCCUUUUCAUGGUCGCAAUUCCGUCGUGUUUCUGGCCACUCGAGGCAUCUACCGCUCGUGUCGCGCCCACUUCGGGAAGCUCGUCGAGAGCGCUCAACCUCAAACUUUCUCGCGCAACCUCUGGACCUUUAGAGCAGGAAUGCUGGAUUACACCAGUCACUUGGCCGUCUGAGUCUUUCUAGCGCCCUGGCCAACGGAUCAUCAGGCGGUUCAAACACCAUUUGAGCAACCCGAACACUUGCGGCGCCACGAAUGGCCUCUGCACGACAGGAAUGGCUCGAUUGUGCCGCGAAGACAGACAUCGACACCGACUUAAUGCCGUAUUCGCGUGACCGCCCAUUAGAGAAGACGGGGGUACUGCGAGCAAGAGGAGGACAGAGACCAGCGGCGCUUAUUUGACUCAGGUUCAACGCUCAGGUGCAGGCUCUUACUGUCUUCAAAGUCGCACAAGCCUUUGAGAUGGUCCAACCUCCGGCGCAGCUUCUAGCCAAAAUGAUCGGGCACGAGCGCGGAGUGAAGGACAGCCUAGCUCGUAGGGCCGACAGCCGCCGAUUCGAGCAUGCCUGCAUCCAAUCUCUAGACAUCGACACGUCGCUUGCGAAUGCCCGACUGAGAGACGUCAGCAACACAAGCUAUAACACGUGAUAUGCAGCACCUACAGCGUAUUCAAGAGUCCAUAUUGUUACGUCACACGCCUUUACAAUGCACCGAUGGCAUCCGGCCUUUAAUUUCAACCCUCUUCUUCGCCAAAUCUGCAACGAAUCUUUUCUUCGCCAAACCUGCAGCGGGUCUUUACGCCGCCUACAGCCAGCGUCCCGUCCAAACGCCGAGAGGUAGAUAGCGCUGCUUUCAUGACUCGCGUCUGGGCUUCCGGACGCUGAUUCACCCUGGCACGCGACGUCGAAGUCAUCACCAGAUCUGCAGCAGCAGAAAAAAUGUGUCAUCUCCCCCGAGUCGAAUUUUGUUGAUGCUGAACUAGAAGACACAAGCUCAUCAAGCAUGUCCGAUGACCUAUUAAGGAUGAGCGCUACCUCUCCGUACUCGGGAUUCUACAAGCCUUUUGCCGUCCGCAUCAUCGCUCUCCAUCUGACUACCGCAUCUGGAAUUUUGCAGAGGAUCUUCCCGAUGCUGCAGAUGAAAGCAAGAGUGACGGUCACUGUAGCUCCGGGCGUAUUCAAACUGGCCUGCGGCGCUCUCCAGUCGAGGUUCGCAGCAGAUUCGACAACAUACUCGAGCCCCG